CGACUCGUUGAUGACGCCACGCCGCUGCUCCGGUUUGUGUACAGUUGAUGGCGUCUGAGCUCGGAGCAGGUCUCCGUCUGUCACCCAGGUAGAAGAUUUCCACUUGUCACCAUGGAGGUGGACUCGCUGAGUGCGGAGGACGAGCUGCGUCUGACCCAGCGGAGGUUCGACGCUGCCGUCAGGGUGAUCAAGAGUCUCCCCCCGGACGGGCCUUUCCAGCCGUCCAAUGAAAUGAUGCUCAAGUUCUACAGCUACUACAAGCAAGCCACACUGGGCUCGUGCAACAUCCCCAGGCCCGGGUUCUGGGACGCAGUUGGCAAGGCCAAAUGGGAUGCGUGGAACUCGCUCGGCGACAUGCCCAAAGAAGAAGCAAUGGCUGCCUACGUGGAUGAAAUGAAGCUGAUCCUGGAGGGCAUGCCCAUGACGGACGAGGUGGAGGAGCUGCUGCGAGUGCUUGGUCCUUUCUACGAGCUGGUGGACGAGAAGAAGAAGAUCACGCAGAUCUCAGACCUGAGUGCAGCUCGUCUGACACAGUUUGCUAGACAACUGGAAGGUUUCGGUACCAUGUUGAACACAGCGCAGUCCAAAAGUGUCGCCAGGAGCGUCGUCCGAACGAUGGAGAUGAAUGGAACGCUGCAGACCCGAGCCGCCAAGGCACAGGAAGUGAGAGAAGAGUCCGACGAAGACUCUCUGGGGGAGGAUGAAGAUGAUGAAGCAUUGGAGGAGAAGGAGGAAGCAGUUUUGAAGGAGAACCAAAAAGACAACAAAUCAGCAGCUCCGCAGCCGAAGAGGACCGGGGCCUCCAGGAGACCCCGGGGUCCCGUGUCGAACGGGAAACUGGCCAAUGGCGGUGACCACCUGACCAACGGCGGCCACUCGAAGGUUGCGCUGAACGGUGACCAUCACCAUGAUGAGUGUGAACCCUUGCUCAACGGUCACCACGCAGAUCUGAAGAUCGAAACUUCUGGACACACUCACCCCACCAGUGACUCGGACAGCGAAGUCUACUGCGACUCCGUGGACCAGUUUGGCCAAGAAGAGAACUCGGAGCUCAAUCGCUCCAGGGAGGACUUGGACGAGGAAGAGGAGGAGGGCCAUCUUCAGCCUCUGGACCCGGAGGAGAAGCUCCAGGUGGUGCGUUGUGGAGGAGAGGACGGAGACGACGGCGGGUUGACUUCACCGAGGCAGAGGCUGAACAUGGAGGGUGCAGGUGGAGCGAGUGGCCGCGGAGGAAGAGGCUCCAGGUCCGGUCGGGAUCAGGGUUCCGGGUCUCUGGUUCCGGUUCACAGCGGUGGCGACGGACACGGGGGACGCCGAGGUGGGGCGGGGUCAUCUGGGAGAAGCCUGAACGAGCAGAUUGUGGUGGCGCUUAACAGAUUACAGGAGGACAUGCAGAGUGUCCUGGAGAGGCUUCACACGCUGGAGGCUCUCACUGCCACGCAGGCGCGGUCGGUGGCCUUGUCUCCCGUGUACCCCCCGUCCAGAGGAGCCAAGAAAAGUCGGACUCCCUCCUGGUGGCCUUUUGACAUUUCCCCCACCAGUCUGGCCUUCGCUGUCAUUUGGCCGUUUGUGGUCCAGUGGCUGAUCCGUCUUUAUCUGCAGAGGAGGAGGAGACGGAUCCACUGAAGGGAAGCUUCCAGGGUCCUCCUGACCUUGAUGAAGGUCCUCGGUGGGGUCGCUGCUCCGGGGCCCCCUCCCUUGCUCGGAUCAGUCCAGUAAUUUGCUUUUGCACUAUGAAAGAACGGCACCUAGAAUAACCAGCCAGAGUGAGACCUCCGUUUUCGUGUGAGAAACCUGAAUGUACCGACUGACGAAUUAGUUUCGUUUGAGUGGUUCAUCUCGGGAGCGUCGCGCCCAGUUGUUGUCAAACGUCCAGGCGCUCCCCGUAGUAACCUGGGUGGUUUUUAAAGCAACACUACCGAACGUUUGUCUGCCCCCGACUGUUAAAGAACCCGGGUAUCACCAUCCAUUUCAGUCUGAACUAGCAUUCUAAGGAUUAGCAUCUUUUACUGCUCAGGCUAACAGCAACCUCCACACAUUUGUUACGGAAUAGGAUGCGAAAUAUAGAAAUGCUAGUCAAAGAAAGCUAUGCUAACGUAGCUAGUCCGCCUUCCUUGUGAGUGUUGAGUGGUAAACAGAUGCAGCGAUCACUAUACGUUAAGCAAAACACAACAAGCUAACCACAAGCAAGCUGGUGCUAGCUUGUUGUUGCUUUCGCUAACUCGUGUCGGUCCAAACGUCACCUUUUUCAUGUUUCGGACUAUUUAGCUGUGUGGCUAAUGUAGAAUCAUCAGUUAUGGAUACUGUGCUAAUGAUUAGCAUUUGCAGUAAUAGCACAAUUAGCAGCACAGUUAGCAAUUAAGUCUUGUUCCCAUUCUCUCAGUUUUUCCUUUUAACCACUGAUUUGUUUUGGUCCUCUUAGCACUGUGCAUGUUUAGCGAGUGGCCAAUGGUCAGACAAGUUAGCUAUGCUAACAUCUCUCCAGCAACAUCUCCACUUGCAAAAUGUGUUAAAGUUGGGGGGAAAAAGAAAAAUCAUCUGUUAGCAACAUGGCUAACUUAGCAUGAGAGGUGCACCUGCUAAUGUGAAGAGUUUGUCAUUUAGUCAUGGCUUUCUAUUUCCACUUCUUCACCGUCCUGUGUCCGAUACUAAAUGUGUCCCGGUCGAUGGCGUCAUGUCCAGCGACAUUAUGGGUUUUUAAUAUCUGAAAUGUUGCUGUCUUCGGUUGCUCAAUGUUUGUGGAACGUCGACACAGUGUUGCUUUAACUUCACACCGCUAACUGUAGUCGCCACGGGCUGCUGCUAACGUAGCUAUAGAUUCAAAAUAUUGAGUGUCUUUAGAAUGUUUAUAAUUUAUAUUUAUUGGUUUUAGUAAGACAUAACCAAAGCCGUCGGAAGCGGCGGCUCGGCACCUAAACUGCAUAUCAGUAGCGGUCAGAAUUUUCCACGUAGAGUCAAAAGUGCCUCGACGUCGUAACGCUACCUUUGUUAGCAUCUAGAGUCGGGACCAAAACGAGCAACCUGCUUCUCUAAACCGCCGGUGUGAUUCCGAAAUCAUCGGAGUGAUGAUGUAAAAUAAUAGUUGUACAGUUGAAAUGAUUAAUAGUGCAAUAUUUUAAUUGCAUAACGUCCAUAUUGAAGAGUAUAUUUAGCGAGGGUUCGUACCUGCAGUCGCGAAGUGUGGUCUGAACUUUUUACUGACGCGUGUGAGAGCUUCUCUGCUUGUGGAUACAGAGCCUGCAUGUGAUAAUCAGAGCUACGAAUAAAGAGAUGAAAUUCA